CAUCCCCUAAAAUUUGAUUGGUUUAAGUUUGCUUGAGUAAAGACUUGACGUGUUCUUGAAAUUUUUUGGUUAUUUAAUUUGUUGUAAUUGACUGAUCGAAUUGUUAUACAACUAAUUAAUUAUGGAUAAAAUAUUAGAUAGCCUUGGGCUGAGCGACAUCAGACGUAUGACAGCUCGCCAGCUUUAUUACCAAUUUCUUAACUUUGGGAUGAUCGUUUCUUCCGCCCUGAUGAUCUGGAAAGGUUUAAUGGUUUUGACGGGAAGUGAAAGUCCGAUUGUAGUUGUACUUAGUGGAAGUAUGGAGCCUGCAUUUCACAGAGGCGAUCUACUUUUUUUAACCAAUUACCGAGAGGAUCCAAUAAAAGUUGGUGACAUUGUGGUUUUCCGUGUGGAGGGCAGGGAAAUCCCAAUUGUCCAUAGAGUUUUAAAAUUACAUGAAAAAGAAGAUGGAUCAGUUAAAAUACUGACCAAAGGUGAUAAUAAUUCCAUAGAUGAUCGAGGACUUUACGCUCCAGGCCAACUUUGGCUGCAAAAGAAAGAUAUAGUCGGCCGGGCGAGAGGGUUUGUUCCAUAUGUGGGUAUAGUGACUAUUCUAAUGAAUGAUUAUCCUAAAUUUAAAUACCUUGUCUUAGGUUGUUUGGGUGUAUUUGUGCUUGUUCACAGGGAUUAAGCUAUUCUUUUUUUAUGUCCACAUUUGCAAACACCCAAACCAGUGAAAUCAUAUUUAAAAUCAUCAAAUAAAAUCCAAUGAAUUUUUUUAAUUAAAUUUAUUCUAUUGAA